AUGGCCGUGAUGAACUACGCUCCUGCUUCACUUUAUGUGAAACCUUUAAAUAAAUGGUUUGGUAGAUUGGACGAGGCUAUUCGCCGGGCUGCCUUCGAAAGACAGGUUGAAGUCCGCUUCCUGUUCUCUCGAUGGUCGCACACAGCUGCCAAGUAUUACUCUUAUCUUCACUCAUUAGCUGAUAUUAGUAGUCAGUUACCAUGUCUUUAUCAAGACAACAAAUGUGUCAAGAGGGGAUCAAUAACCAUAAAAAUUAUUCAAGUUCCUGAUAUGGAGUACGGUAACAUACCGUACUCUCGUGUCUAUCAUAAUAAGUACUUUGUUACAGAAAAGGCUGUAUAUAUAGGAACUUCAAAUUGGUCCGCUGACUAUUGGUGGUAUACGGCUGGAAUCGGUGUAGUAGUGAAGUCGGACGACACUUCUCAGCAAUCCUUUAUAGAACUUCAAAUUGGUCCGCUGACUAUUGGUGGUAUACAGCUGGAAUCGGUGUAG